AUGGCUUCGAUCCAGUACCCUUCGCCAGUCAAGGCGCCCCCACAUGUCGUGUCUCUGCUCGACCGGCUUCACCAGCUUUCUCGCACGCAAGAGGACGCGGUGGACACCCAAGAGGUUGAAGCGCAAGGGUUCGACAACUACAUGCGCGACAAGUUCAUCGCUCUGGACCGCGACAAGGCCGAGUUCGUGUACCAGCUCGCGCGUGCGAUCAAUGCGAAGACCAUCGUGGAAGCAGGCACCAGUUUCGGCGUCAGUACCAUCUACUUGGCCCUUGCUGUCUCCCGCAACGUCACCGCCGGCACCGGGCCGGGCGUGGUGAUCGCGACGGAGAACGAGAAGACCAAGGCCGACAAGGCUCGUGAACACUGGAAGGAGGUGGGCGACGAAAUCACCGGCUGCAUUCAACUUCGGGAAGGCGAUAUUCUGCAGACAUUGAAGCACGAUCUUCCCGACGUGGAUUUGCUGCUGUUGGACAUAUGGGCGCCUAUAGCCUUGUCGGUUUUGAAGCUGGUGCAGCCUAGGUUGAGGCGCGGAGCUGUGGUCAUUGCAGACAACACUAUCGGCGCUGCUCCAAAAUAUAAGGAUCUGCUGGCAUACAUGCGAGCCCCGGACAGUCCCUUCACCAACUUGACGCUCCCCUACUCCAAAGGCUUGGAGCUGAGUGUCUAUCUGCCAUGA